AUGUUUUUUAGAAAUGCAAUUCGAAGCAGUAAACAGCUACGCAGCAGACAGUUGCCCUCGAUACUUUGGUCAGCACCCGUGGUGUCGAGCCAUGUGCCCUCGUGCUACAAUAUACCUUCGUCGUCCUCAGCGUUGGCAUCAGCACCAGUGAGUUCGUUUUCCCCCACACUGCAGUUCACCAGAUCAUACCAUGAAAAAGUCAUUGACCACUACGAAAACCCGAGAAACGUCGGUACGUUGAACAAGAAUGACCGUGACGUGGGCACGGGUCUAGUUGGCGCUCCGGCAUGUGGCGACGUCAUGCGGUUACAGAUCAAAGUUGACGAGAAAACGGGCAAGAUCGAGGAUGUCAAGUUCAAGACGUUUGGCUGUGGCUCUGCCAUCGCCAGCUCGUCGUACGCUACCGAGUUGGUCAAGGGCAAGACCUUGGAAGAGGCGUUGGCCAUCAAGAACACUUUUAUCGCCCAGGAGUUGAGCUUGCCUCCCGUCAAGUUGCACUGUUCGAUGUUGGCUGAAGAUGCCAUCAAGUCGGCUGUCAAGGACUACCGGUCCAAGAGAAACGUCAAGAAGCCCACUUUGGGCCCGGAAAGCGUUGCCAACGAACCUGUAACUGCUGCUGCUGCCACCGCUUAA